AUGCGCUUCGUUUGCUUCUUUGCGUGUAUUGCUUCCUGUCUUUCUAUUUCUCGUGCUUUCAAUGUGACUGUUGGGACUCCUACUCAAUGCGGUCCUCUCAACAUCUCAUGGACUGGUGGGCAAGCACCAUUCCAAAUACUUUUAACUCCCUCUUUGAAACCGUAUCAGAAUGUAUCUGUACCAGCAUCGACCUUCAGCAAUGGCGUAGGCUCUUAUUCAAUACCACAAUUAGCGUUGUCGGCAGGAACAGUGUUUCUACUCACUAUGUCUGACGCCACCGGAUUUGGUUCGGGUGGGACGACAAUUGAACUCACUGUUGGGAAUUCUGGAAAUAACGAUUGCAUCAUUCAAAAUCUGUCACCUACUUUCACGUUCGACGUAGAUCCAACUCCAAGUCCGAUGACGCAAUGCGGUCAAUUCACCAUUACGGUCAAUGGCACUGCAGUCCUGCCUAUUACUAUCGUGCAACUUAUUCCCGGCGGACAACCAGCUGUAUUCUAUUCCAAUAACGAAACUUUUACCUCGGUUGUAGAUGUCAAGGGAGAAACGCAACUCAUGUAUUUUGUCACCGACUCCACGGGUAAACAAGGUGGGACCUCCGAGUCCUAUGGGGUGAUAGGGUCGAGUAAUUUCUCGUGUAUAAGCGCCGUCUCGCCGUCAUCCACUGUAGGCAUAUUGGCCACAGCCACGACCACGUCAUCUCCUUCAAGCAGUUCAUCAAGUAGUCCAUCAAGCAGCAAUGUUGCUCUUAUAGCAGGCGUGGUGGUCGGUUGUGUAGCGGUUCUUACUGCAUUGUUCAUCUUCGGCGUAUGCUUGUGGCGUAAACGGAGAGCAUCCCGCUUUCUGCCUCCUACAAAAAGCUAUUUUCGAGUGCAGAACACAGACGAAAUUGGCCUUUACAGUGACAGUCCACCAUUGGUAUCACCAUAUCCUGUUAGCUACCUUGGUCCAUCCAUUCGACCUGGAUCCCAACCGAGCACUAUCAACACAGAAUCUGCUACCUAUGAAGACAUUCAGAUGAAUCCUCCCAUAGCCUUCAAUCAAACACAGAAUAUCCGUCAGAGCCCUGACACAGACAGCUCAACUAUACAUGGCAAUCAAUUCAUGGCGUCGACUAGCACGCAAAGAGCCUACCGACAUCCUGGUCAAAUUAUUGUGCAUACCGAUGCUGGUGAUAUUGUGCCAGACCACAAUUGUUUAAUUGAACUUCCGCCGCAGUAUUCAGAGCAUCGGGGAACCCGUGCUUUUGAAUCUGAAUCUGCGUCAUGA